GGUUGAUGCAAUAUACCAUAGCCACCCUCUUCCUUUCAUCCUUGGCAUUCUCUGCCAUCUUUCCUUGCUCAAUUGCUCCACCUCGUUGCUGAAUUGCUCAAUUGCUGCUGCACGUCGUUUCCCAUUGUUUUUACUUUGGACUCUCAAAGUAGUGGAGGGCAGAAACCGGACUUGAUGUCCAAUCUCCGGCAGCUCACCCCUUUCUCGCACAUGGCACACCGCGACUGUUGUCAACGAACGAUCCAUCCACCAUCCUCAAUUCCGUCAACAAUGUCGCACGGUGUCCGUCGCAUACAGGGCCGCUUCACGACCUCCGCAUCGUCCGAGGCUUAUCAGCGCCAGCUGCUCGCGCCUGUCAAGCGCUGGCGCCGCGGAUGGGUCCAGCCCGCCGGCCUCCCCGAGGGAAGCACGUACAAGGUGUGCAAAUGGCAGCGCGUCGACGAGGACGACGAGAUGGAUCCCGAGACGGAUACCGAGGACGAGCACACCGAAGCGCCCACCGCCGCUGUCACGCCCGCCCGCCUGACUGAAACACCGGCGCCCGAUCGCCUGGACAAGGUGGCCACUCCGCUAGACAAGGGCACGCCCAAGCCAAAGGAGGGCUGAAAGCGAAGAGAAGACUGCGGAGGCUACCUUGACGGAGAGCGAGACCGAGCGCAAGCCCGACGCCGAGCCUGCGCACAAACCAGCAGCCGACGCGGUCACCGCUGCGGCUGUCGAGCCAGCCGACGCAACACAAGACGUCGACGGCGAUGUCAAGAUGGCCGACGAGUAGAUAAUUGUAUGCACCCGUGUCUGUAUCCCUUCGCGUCGC